AUGUCGACCGUGACAGAGACUCCAGAUCCCCCAGCGGCAACAGGGCCACUGCGAGAACAGCUCGAGGUUGAAGAUGUUGCAUAUCCCACUGGGUUCAAGCGAGGAAUCGUCAUAUUCUCGAUUCUCCUCUGUGCUAUCUUUGUCGGUCUCGACAUGACCAUUGUCGCGGUGGCCGUGCCCAGCCUCUCCAACCAGUUCAAGAAUAUCAACGACAUUGGAUGGUACUCAGCAUCCUACCAGCUAAUCGCUAGCAGUUUCAUCUUUUUCUUCGCACGGCUAUACACCGUCUUCUCUAUGAAAACCAUCUUCCUUGUCUCCGUGUUCCUAUUCGAGCUCGGCUCGCUCCUAUGCACCGUCGCCCCAACCAGCGCGACGUUCAUACUAGGCCGCGCCGUCGCCGGCCUAGGCAGCAGCGGUAUCCAAACAGGAAGUAUCGUGCUACUGACCCGUCAGCUACCCGUGCACCAGCGGCCCUUCUGGACCGGGCUCAUAGGCGCAGGCUCAAGCAUAGCCAUGGUGAUUGCUCCGCUGAUUGGCGGCGUUCUAAUCGAUGCGUUUUCCUGGCGCGCCUGUUUCGGAAUCAAUCUGCCUAUUGGUGCUAUUGCAAGUGGGUUCAUCGUAUACGGGUUCCAAAUGCCCGCAAGCCCCCCUCACGCAGUCGGAUUGACCGUAAUGGAAAAAUGUAAGCGACUCGACAUACCAGGGACGCUGGUAUUCGUGCCUGCCAUCAUCAGCCUGUUAAUGGGAUUGCAAUGGGGCGGUGUCAAAUAUGGCUGGGCUAAUGUGCGGAUCAUCGUGCUGUUGGUACUCUUUGCGGUCCUCGUCGGCAUCUUUGCAUUCAUCCAGUAUCGCAAAAAGGAAGAUGCUACCCUCCCCGGUCGUAUCAUGACGCAGCGUAGUGUUCUGGCCGGGGCUUGGUUCAAUGCUUGCAGCAAUGGCAUCCUGGCUGUUACUGAAUACUACAUGUCAAUAUACUUCCAGGGGGUGCGCGGUUUUAGUGCUACGAAAUCUGGCGCUAUGGGCUUGCCGCUCUUUGCGGGCAUGGUUGUGACGGUCCUCACGGCCGGUGCGGGGACCAAUUGGACAGGCUAUUAUUACCCUUUUAUGAUCAUUGGUUCAAUCCUCACUCCCAUCGCCUCCGGACUGAUCACUACAAUCGAAUACAAUGACACCCUGGUUAAAAUCCUCAUACUCUUGGCUUUCCUCGGUGCUGGCGUGGGCCUAGGUCUUCAAGCCCCAAUAGUUGCCGUGCAGACUGUUCUCCCAGACAAGGACGUUGCCACCGGUGUUGCAAUCACCGGGUUCACAGGGGGUCUCGCGUCUGCACUUUUUGUCUCGCUUUCUGCUGUGUUGUUUCAGAGCCGACUGGCUAUCGAAGUGGAAUACCAUGCACCUGGGAUCGACCGGAGUAUCUUUGACCAGGGGGGUUUAGUGGAUGUGAGAGACAAGAUAGGGUCUGCUAGACUUGGUGCUGUGCUUUCUGGGUAUGACGAGGCGGUGAUUCAAACGUUGUAUAUCCCUGUUGCGUUGGCUUCGUUGUCUGUUUUGGCGAGUGUGACAAUGGAAAGGAAGAGUGUUAAGAAGACUCGCUAA